AGACAAGCCCAUCAUGGCUGGGCUGUUCCAGUCGUUUCGGAGCUCCAGCAUGCCCAAGCGGCUGCUGCGAUAUGCCUUAUCGCGGCUGGAGCUCCUCGACUCUGACGCGUUGGACAUGGACAAUCUCGACCUUGCCUUGGGUAGAAACACCGUCUUUGAAUUUCGAGACGUUGGAGUUCAGCUGGAUAAGCUAGAGAAGCUGCUGAAGCUGCCCAAGACGUUUGCGCUGCAGAAAGCCAAGGUCGUCCUCCUCCGGGUCACAAUCCCGAUGGACUUUUACACGAGCCCCAUAAGCAUCGAGGUCGAUGGCGUCGAUGUCAAGCUGAAGGUGGUAGUUCCCGAUGCCAAGGCCAAGUCGAGCCAUCCGACCACGACGACCUCCGACGAUGACGACACAGCCGCCGCCGCCGUCCCGAAUACCGUUGAUUUUGCGCAGUCAUUCCUCGAAACGCAGCCGACGUCUGAGAGAAAGAAACUCGAAGCGGCGUUGGCUGCGGAAACACAAGACCUGGGCGCAUCCGCUUCCAUGAGCGACGAUAGCAGCGAAGAUGAGCCAGUCGUGGGUACUGGACAGCCUUUGUCACUGCCCGGCUUUCUGGCCGGCUUUCUGCAAGGAAUUGUCGAUCGGAUGCAGAUCAAGAUCCAAGGCGUGGCGUUUCAGUUGGAUAUGGACAUUCCGGUGGAUAUCACUGCGUCGGCUACAGAGCCGGUGUCUUUCCAAAUUGCGCUCGAGGGCAUCGACAUUGAAGGCGUUACCACUAAGAGCGAGGGAUCACGAGCGUCGCCGGUAGCAGCGCCCAAGGAAGGGAAGCGACAGAUCUCCCUAGACAACGUUCGCGCCUAUUUGAUAUCUGAAGCCAACGUCUUCUCGACUUUGACCCGGUCCUCUUCCAUGGCUUCCCCAUCUGCGGCGUCGUCGCCUGUUCACACACGGAACCCACCUUCAAGACAAGCUACAUCCCUAUCCUUAGAGAGCCUUCAAGAGCCUGCCUUCGAGCCCAGUCGCGGGGCUGAUAUCCGCGACUCGGACCAAUCCAACUAUCCUUUGGCAGAUAGUGAAGAAGCUCUUGGGAUUCCGUACGAGUUUGAAGAUGACGGCGGGCUUGAGGAUGAAUGCCCUGCAACUCCUCGCGCUUCACAGUCCCGAGACUUCGACUCCCCCGAGGAUGCAAUAUUCCACUCGCCUGAGGACCCUGCCUUGAAUUCUUCAUCAACACUGCGAAGAGACCUUGAUGACAGACUCUCCUUAUCGCAAGAUUUCUUCGAUGAGCAGGGCUUAGACUCGUCCUUGUCAUCGCAGCAUCGUGAAGGCCUUGAGGCUUUCGGUAUUUACGGCCUUCAACCUCCAUCGGAACCGGAAUUCGACGGUCGUCCCGAGCCAGAAGAUGUGAUUGAAGACCUUUCUCAGUCGCAUCUAUAUACUCAUGAAGAGGCUGAGAGCAUGUAUAUGAGUGCUUUCUCAAAAGCAGGGGGCCAACAAGCGACUCCGCCGCCUAUGGAAGAGACGACGGACCUUAUGCGGACCCCUCAGCCCAUUCAAGGGCGUUUCAGCCCGUCCGCAGCUCCGUUCUCCAUGCCAGGAGGUUGGGAUGAUGAUGCCUCACAAUACUCAGCGGAAACCGAUAGAGCCGCGUCUCCUGCAACCAGGACAGAGAAGCAGCAUUCACCUAGGCGAAGUAUAUCAGAGCCCCAGCCUCAGGUGGUACCUGAACCCGAAGCAGAGUUCACAGCCGGACCCGGAAUUGCGCAGCGGAAAUCAAGCUCUCCCACAGUUCCACAAACUCCGACGAAAGAUGAAAUUAAUUCGAGAGACAUGGAAGAGAAUUCUUCGCAUCUUGAGGAUACGGCGACCCCGAAAGGGCCUACGCGAGUCGUCAAGGAAAUCCUACAUCUCCAAUCCGUAUCCGUUUACAUACCAACAACACAUCCACAUAUCGAAUUGGAAGAAGAUACGUCUGAAUCAGUUGCAGAGCUUGCCCGAGCUAUGAGCAACUCGGUGUAUCCCCAGGCUCCUGGAGCCUUCUCUGUGCAUGCACCCGCGUCUGGCUCCGUGUUCGAACACAGACCUCACCUGCAGCAGACUCAGAGCGUCGAUAAUGUCUUGGAAGUGGACUUGUCGCCAGUCUCGAUUCGCUUUGAUGCGUCACUGGCAUUUGUGCUUGCGAUGAUUGUGGGAAAGCUUCUUGAUGCGGUUAAGAGCAAGCAUCCGGUCGCGAAAUCUCAUCAAGGUGCCGAUGCUGCACAGCAGCAACAAGAGAAAGCCCCCGAGGUCAGAGUGACGGUGCAAGAAGUAUCUGUGGACUUCUUGAACCGACUGGCUGGGGUGACAGACACCCCUAGGCGUCACCUGGACCCCUCGGCAUUCAUGUUUGACCACGAGGUUCUCCUGAAUGCAACUCUGCGCAAUUUUGGUGUCUCUGUGUCGCCUGUUAAGAUACCGAUUGAUCUGGAGACUUUCCGCUUCGGCUACAGCAACGGCGACAUCAUUUCUUUCGACAAAGCUGCACAAAUGAGUACGUCUGUCAGGGACACUUUCCUCUCGAACGGGCAUGAUAUCGCCAUCAAAAUGGCACAAGCCAAGGACAGUGUGAGAACAGAGAUUGAGACGCUGCCAUUGGCCGUUCAUGUGGACUUGCAACGACUGGACGAGACGUUCAGCUGGUUCGGAGGUCUCAGUAGCUUCCUCAACAUGAGUGCUUCCAUGACUUCUAGCCCGUCGCCUACACCAAAAUCGCCGUCGAAGCCAGCGCAGCGGCCCAAGGGCGUGCGUUUCGAGACGCCCAUCAACCCAGACGACAAAUCUGCCGUUUCCGAGAACAAGAUCAACAUGCGCAUAGGUGGCUCCUAUAUCGAGCUUGUUGGCAGAGAAUGCAGCUUCGUCGCAGAGAGCAACGCCAUCAAGUUCAUCAACAGGGAGCGAGGUGCCGGAGUAAGCUGCAGCAGGAUGCGCGUGUCUGGUCCGUAUCUCAAGAACUCGAUGGCGAAGCCUGCCAUUAACACAGAGAUUGGCGGCGUCCGGUUGGAGUUUGUCACCACCCCGAACGAUUCAGACCUUGAGAGGCUGCUCGGCUUGAUCACGCCCUCCAAAGCCAAGUUUGACCACGGGAGCGACGAGAUUAUGGUUGAUACCCUCAUACGGCAACGAAGAAAAGGCUCGGUACUCAGGGUCGGAGUGGAAACAUUGAACGUGCGGGUGAAGAACCUGGCUCAGCUCGAGGUGCUUCCGACCCUAACCGAAGAACUGGCCAAGCUGUCAACCGUAGCAAAGUAUCUCCCAGAAGAUGACAGGCCUGGGAUCAUGACACUUGCGAAAGUGCAAGAACUGGGCGCGAGCGUCGACCUUGGUGGUACCUUUGGGCAACUGAGCGGUGAACUCAAGGAGCUUGAGGCCGCCCAUAUCAGUAUUCCGUCGCUGGUGGCUGUUGCGGUAUCGGGCAUUUCCGUUAGACGCAACAAGACGGAGGAGCUUAUCAGUUCUUCCGUUUUAUAUCCUUCAGCAGAGAUUGCGAAUCGCGGCCCAGUCAUCAUGGCAAGAAUGAUCGGUGACGACAUUGAGCCUAUUGUCAAGCUGAAUUUGCAAGACAUCAGCAUCGAGUACCGCGUUCCGACGAUUAUGGAUAUUCUCGGUCUGGCAAAUGAUGCUACACCGCAGGAUUUCGAGGAGAGUCUGGCCGCCUCGGUGGCCAGUCUCGGCGAUCAAGCUCACGCAGCCCUGGCACGCCAGCAGCCCCUAUCGCCGACGCAUGCUCCCACGAAACAGAGCAAGCCACUUACUCUAGAUGUGUCAUUCCGAGAUUGCCUUGUUGGCCUAAACCCCCUCAACCAAAAGUCAAAGAUGGUGCUCAUGUUCACGGACGCUCGACUUGCCGUAGUCCUUCCCAAGGACGAGGUCACAAAGGUGAGUCUGGAUGUUAACAAGGCGUCAAUCCUACUCACCGAUGAUGCCUCGCAAACCGCUUCGAAUUACCGGCCCUCUUCGAGCACGAGGCGUCGAGCGUCUUCUUCGGCAUCCCCUCAAGCAGUCUCAUUGUCCGCCCAAGGUUUCGUGGACAUUUGCUACAUGUCGUCAGCCAAGGUGACUGUCGUUGUUGCUCCGGGUAUAGAUGGCGAGAAGCAGGUGGAGGUCGAAGUCCGAGAUGACCUCUUGGUGUUGGAGACUUGCGCAGAUUCAACACAGACUUUGAUAAGCCUGGCCAAUGCACUUUCGCCGCCGACGCCGCCCAGCAAGGAGAAUAAGUACAGGACCAAGGUGAUGCCUGUACAGGAUUUGCUUGCUUCCAUUUCGGCAGAGGCAUUCGGAAGGCCAGAGGGGGAAUACGACUUUGACCAAGACUUUGCCGGCGCCCAGGAAAUGGCUAAAAGCCAGUCCGAGGCCGACUUCGGGAUGGACAACAACUUCCCCAUCGAGUCGCAAUUCUAUGGGGAUGAAGCCGAAGGAGAGGAGCUGUUCGAUGCCAUGAAGCUUUCUGCCACAUCCCAAGAUACACGAAUGCAAGAUACCCAGGAAGGGGUUUUGAUCACGGGACUCGAUCGCUCUCACAGCCACUUCUCAGAAGGAAGCGAUGAUUUGGCCUUCAAGGAAGAUUUUUUCAAUGAAUCAGCGCCUGACGAGCAUGGUGCCAAGAUAUGGAACUCGACCAGGAAUUCGUACGACAAGGCUCCCCCGAACCUGGUCAAACGCAGCCCCCUCAAGGUGUCCGUGAGAGACGUCCACGUUAUCUGGAACCUGUUUGACGGCUAUGACUGGACUCAUACUCGCGACACGAUUAGCAAGGCCGUCCAAGACGUGGAGACCAAGGUGUAUGAGCGCCAAGCACGACUCGGCGGGCGGCAGGUCUUUGAAGAGGAGAUUGAAGACGAAGAGACCAUUGGCGACUUCUUAUUCAACUCCAUCUACAUCGGAAUUCCCGCGAGUCGAGACCCCCAGGAGCUGUCGCGUGCCAUCAACGAAGGCCUGGCCGAUAACGCAACGGAGACGGAGUCGAUUGCUACAACAGCGGUGACGACGUCGACGAAUCGGACCGUUCGCAGAGGAGGAUAUCCCAAAUCGCGACGCCUCAAGCUGCAACGAAGCAAGCACCACAAGAUCACUUUCGAGCUCCAGGGCGUCAACGUGGACAUGGUUGCAUUCCCCCCUGGAACCGGAGAAACGCAGAGCAGUGUCGAUAUCCGCGUCCAGAACCUUGACAUCUUCGACCACGUCCCCACGUCCACAUGGAAGAAGUUUGUGACGUACGACCGAGACCAGGGAGAGCGCGAGAUGGGCACCAGCAUGGUGCAUCUUGAGCUCUUGACGGUGAAGCCGCUGCCGGAACUGGGGGCUUCGGAGAUUGUGCUCCGAGCAACAGUGUUGCCCCUGAGGCUCCACGUCGACCAAGAUGCGCUCGACUUCAUCACUCGCUUCUUCGAGUUCAAGGACGAUAGCGUACCGGUGCAUUCGUCGCCUAGCGAUGUGCCCUUCCUACAGAGGGCCGAGGUGCACGAUAUUCCCGUCAAGCUAGACUUUAAGCCGAAGCGAGUCGACUAUGCCGGUCUUCGGUCUGGCCACACGACCGAGUUUAUGAACUUCAUCACGCUGGAGGAGUCUAGGAUGGUUCUUCGGCAUACAAUCAUUUACGGAGUCUCUGGCUUUGACCGGCUGGGCAAGACGCUCAACGACAUUUGGACGCCCGACGUCCGAAACAACCAGCUGCCGGGUGUCGUGGCAGGCUUGGCGCCCGUGAGGUCUCUCGUCAACAUUGGCAGCGGCUUCAAGGAUUUAAUCGAGAUUCCUCUCAAAGAAUAUCAGAAGGAUGGCCGCAUCAUACGAAGCAUCUCCAAGGGAGCGGCAGCAUUUGCCCGCACAACCGGCACAGAACUGGUCAAGUUUGGAGCGAAACUGGCCGUCGGUACGCAGUACGCUUUGCAAGGAGCGGAGGACAUGCUCACCACCGGGCUCAAGCCUGACGAUGGCUGGGAUGAGGACGACCCCGAUGCGGAAGACAAGAAGCAGAUCUCAAUCUAUGCCGAUCAUCCCACGGGUGUGAUCCAAGGCAUCCGGGGUGGCUACAGAUCGCUUGCUCGGGAUGUGAAUAUGGCACGAGAUGCCAUCAUUGCAGUGCCAGGAGAGGUCAUGGAGAGUCAGACGGCUACGGGAGCUGCCAAGGCAGUGCUGCGACGAGCGCCUACCAUCAUUUUCCGACCUGCAGUGGGUGUCUCCAAGGCCAUAGGUCAAACUUUGAUGGGAGCCACGAACUCGAUUGAUCCACACAAUCAGCGCAGAAUUGACGAGAAAUACAAGAAACAUUAG